AUUAAACGUUUAUAUUAUACCUAAGUUAGUAUUAAUUGUAUUCAAAGUGACUUACUGUUACAAAUUGUAUAAAGUGUUUGGCGUCCAAUUUUGAUUUGCGUCAAGUGUUCAAAUUUUGGUAACGGCCCACCUCAAAAAAUUAAAGCUUAGAAGAGAGAAGAGGCAAGAGAUUGCACGCGGCACCAAGUUCCAUAUCAUUUUCUAAAAAUACCGAAUGGAACGGCUUUACACAUUUUACCCAACUAACAGAAAUCAGUCGCCGCAGGCCGAUCAAACUGUGUGAGAGUGAAAUUUUGAAGAGAAAAAUUGGAAAAAAACAACCCUCGAAAUGGGAGACGUGGACGCCUAUCAAAACUUCACCGUGACCAAGAAGACCAAAAAGGUCAAAAAGACCACUAAGACCAGCGGCGAUGGCAGAGAGGUCACCAUCACCGAAGUCGAAAGGACCAACGGCAACCAGGGUGGUGAAUACACCAAAGCGAUGAACAAAGACUGGCACGGUCAACAUUUUUGCUGCUGGCAGUGCGAUGAGAGCCUCACUGGUCAACGUUACGUCUUGAGAGACGAGCACCCUUACUGCGUGUCCUGCUACGAAUCGGCCUUUGCCAACGCUUGCGAAAAAUGCAGCAGGAUCAUUGGAAUUGACUCCAAGGAUUUGUCUUACAAAGACAAGCAUUGGCACGAGGCGUGUUUCCUCUGCACCACCUGCGGUGAUUCCUUGGUCGACAAGCAAUUUGGAUCCAAAGGUGACAGGAUCUAUUGCGGACGUUGCUACGAUGAACAAUUCGCUUCCAAAUGCGAUGGAUGCCACGAGAUCUUCAGAGCCGGAACCAAAAAGAUGGAAUACAAAACCAGGCAAUGGCACGAGAAAUGUUUCUGCUGUUGUGUUUGCAAGGUACCGAUCGGAACCCAAAGCUUCAUUCCGCGCGAACAAGAAAUCUACUGCGCUACCUGUUACGAGGAGAAGUUCGCUACCCGUUGCAUCAAGUGUAACAAGGUUAUUACAAGCGGCGGCGUAACCUACAAGAACGAGCCGUGGCACAGGGAGUGCUUCACUUGCACACACUGCACCAAGAGCUUGGCCGGCGAGCGUUUCACUAGCAGGGACGAGAAACCCUACUGCGCUGAAUGCUUCGGCGAGUUGUUCGCCAAGAGGUGCUUCGCCUGCAACAAUCCUAUCACCGGCAUCGGCGGUACCAAAUUCAUUUCGUUCGAAGACAGGCACUGGCACAACGAUUGCUUUCACUGCGCAACUUGCAAGAUCAGCUUGGUUGGCCGUGGUUUCAUUACCGACCAGGAUGACAUCAUCUGUCCCGACUGCGCCAAGCAGAAGUUGAUGUAAUUAAGUCUUAUAUUAUUAAAUUUUAACAAAUGAAUAAUAUACUUAGAUACACACAGUCUUCAUUUGUUGAUGCAACCACUAUAGUUCGAAGUUUAAAGAGAGGAUUUAUUAUUAUUAUUAUUAUUAUUAACAACGUAACUGAUAAACAAAUCGUCCACACGUUCUCUCUUUAGAUGUGCCGAUUUUUAUUUACUUAACCAAAUGGAUACUGUAAUUAUUUUGAUAGAACUUAACAGUAUAAAUUAUUUUUUUAAUGUAAACACUAUACACUUUUAUAUAAACACUUAACACACAACACACACCCACACAGAACACACUUAAAAAAAUGUAGAAAAUUAAAAAAAAAUCGUUAUUUUUUAAACCAUUAUAGCUUAACUAUUUUUAUUUUAUAAAGAUGUUUAACUAUGAUAUGUUUUAGAAUAGUUAUGCUUAUUUAUUUAAAUAAAUUAUUGACAAUAUUUAAGGUUUAUUUAGGAUUUUAAACUUUAGAAAUACUAAACACAAGUACGCUGUAAAUUCUAAAAUAUAUACCAGUUGCCUUAUAUUUGUAAUAUCAUAUACAUAACAUGUAUAUCUUAAUAUAGUUAGUGGUAAUAAAUUUGGAUUUUCUCAGAUACUUAAUUGACAAUAUAUUUUUUAAACUAUUCUCCUCUUAUCAAUGAUUUCUAUAAAACGCCAUAUCACAUUUUGAAACGUAUGGAAAGAGAAUGAGUUUUGCUUUUUUUAUGUAUAUUGUUGCUAUUUGUUGUAGAUAAUGUAUAUUUAUUGUAUACAGCUUCAUAGCAUUUAUGAAAAAUGAGCAAUUUGGUGCUAAUUCAUUAGAGUAGUUUUUAUUAGUUAUAUUUUAUUAUUAUUAUAAUAUUUUCAUAUGUAAAGCUUCUAUGUUUAUUAACAAAAUUGUUAUUAAUACUUGUUUAAGAUUUUAACUUUUAAUGGAGAUCAUUGUAAUUUUUCUAGGAUUGUUACAAACUGUUAUGCUUUUUAAAAUGAUAUACAGGGCUUUGCUUUAGGGACAUUGUUAUAUUUUAUUCCUUAAUAAAAUUUUAAAAACACCAA